AUGUCUUCAUCAGAACCCAUGUGGAAUUUUUCAGCAUUGCCGGAAGAGCCAAUCGCAGAACAUCUAGAGCAGUCCGAGGAGGACGAGGCUCACCCUAUCAAUCUCGAAGCUGAAGAAGUUCCACCCCAAGAAACGCAAGCUCAACCAGGGCUAAUGGACCAGAAAACGGUACAGUGGUUAAUUGACCAACUGAACUACUUUGGGCAAUUGGUGCAAGUGAUUCACGAUGAAAAGAUCCCCGCGGAUUUAAAUGAGACGCUUCAAAAAAUCAUGAGGAACACCCAGAAUUUGCCCGAAAUGAUAUCAACCUUGGACAGCCUCAACAGCCGCCAUCUUCUCUACGAGUUGGGGACUAAUGUGAUUAAAACUCGCGUCCAAGAAUUGACUGACCAAGGCAAAGCUGCGAAUGUUCAGCUGUCAAACUUGUUUCAACUGCAAAGUCAGAUCUUUCAGGGGCUUGGGAAGCAGCUCACCACGCUGCUAGAGCUCUCUGAGCGCAUCGAUCGCUUGGCAACUGGCGGGCGAAACGGUCAACGAGUCACCUUGCACACUGCUGCAACCGCCCCCGAGGGUUCACUCUUCAGUCGCGUCAUGGCUGGGUGUCGAGCAAUUGGGCGAUUUUUUGGAAGUCAGCCUCUUGGCAUCUUUGCUGCCAUCAUCCUGAUCGCUGUUAUCGUUGCACUGAAGAUGUAUGAGAUGAGCCAAGGAAAAGAGCUUUAG